AUGUCCCUCGUGCCCAUCAUUCUCUUGGCGGUUCUAACUUCCGCCGCCGCCGGCGGCCCUGAUAUGGAGGAGAAAGAGCUAUUUGGGCUUUUCGAGGUAAUGGGCUCGCUCCUGGACGACCCAUCUUGGGCCCAAAUGCACCCAUUCCCCUGCACGGACACUCCAUGGCCGGGCCUCGAAUGCGAGCUUCUCGUACACUCUCCGACCUUCCACGUCACCAAGAUCCACGUCGGCCCUGACGUGUCAUCCCCUCCUUGCAAACCUUCCGCAAGAAUCUCUGACUCAAUCCUCAAACUCCCAUACCUAAAAACCCUGUCUUUAAUCAGCUGCUUCACAAACACGAAAUCCCCUGUUUUCUUACCAAAAUCGCUUUUCGGGCCUUUCCCAUUUUUGGAACACUUAACUCUCUCGUCAAAUCCGAGCCUCACCGGAAAAAUCCCGUCGAAUUUAUCGAAUCUCAAAAAUCUCCGGACACUCUGCCUGCCGGAAAACAGCCUCACCGGCCGAAUUCCGGCAACAAUCGGAAAACUCGAGAGCUUGCAGCAGCUCGAUUUGAGCCGAAACAAUUUAUCGGGCCCGAUCCCUGUCGAAAUUGGCGAGCUGGGAAAUUUAUCCAUUCUUGAUUUGAGCUUGAAUUUUCUGCAGGGAAGCUUGCCGGGCUCGAUGGGCCGGUUAAAAUCGAUCGAGAAAAUCGAUUUGGGCUUCAAUGGGCUUCAGGGGACUCUGCCUGUGGAAUUUGGUGAAUUAAAGACUCUAACUUUAUUGGAUUUGAGCCGUAAUUUGUUGACCGGUCAACUUCCCGACGAGCUUUCGGGCCUGCAGAAAUUGGAGUAUCUGAUAAUGGACGAAAACCCGUUAAACGCGACUUUUCCGAAUUUUAUCUAG